GCGGAUAGAAAUUGAAGUGCGAACGUUCAGACAGUCUUCGACCGGUGGUUAGCGCGGGUUCGCCAACCGCCCCUCGGGUCGGAUUGCCUUAUUUUACUGAGCAAGUGUCGAGGAUAGAAGUAGGUGGAGACAUCGAUCGAGUCUCUCUUUCUAUCUCGAGUCCCUCUCUCUCUCGCUCUACGCGUGAUCGACCCUUAUCUCCUGCCUGUCGGAGACGCGAACGAGGUCUUCAUCCAGCGAUUAUGCGGUACACGGAAGCGGAACCGAUGGCGGAGCAAAGUUACGCGCAGCAGCUCAACAUGUCGGCGAACAACGGCGAGCAACAACCGCAGGCGACUGCGGUGUCGAGCGCGACGACGCAGACGAUGGAGCUGCAGGAGAACGCGCCGGUCGUUUACGCGAACACCACUAUCAUCACGAUGCAACCGACAGAAGACGGAAAUCGAUUCCCUCGUAGGCCAAUUCCCAUCAACACCGUUGACUGGAUCUCGACGCCCAGGGCGCAGUUCAGCGCCAUGUCCGGCACACAGUUCCUGGAAGGCGUCGAACAGUUGGAAAUUCAUCAGGUUAUUGAUUUGACUACUCUACUCGGCAGAACGGAGAAGGGUAUUCAGUACAGGGUGAAAGUGCCGCGCGCGGAAACGCUGUUUCUCGCCAUGGAAUCUAAGAUGGAAACGCAAUCGCGAAUGUACGGCUGGUACAAGGGAUUCGUGCUGAAUGUGCUGGAUCAAUGUGGCGAAACUGCUUUCGUCAUGCGGAAGGAUCCCAGCUGGAUGCACGUGCCGUGCUCACGACAGAAAAUUACAGUGGAAAGCGCGAGUCUCAUCGGCAGCGUAGAGGAAAACUUUAGCUUGGUGGGACCGAGCUUCACCGUGUACAACGGAAUGAACGAGCCACUCUGCAACAUAUACGGGCCCAACGUUUGCGGCUGUUGCAUGUACAAGGAAGCGCAGUUCCAGAUCAUAUCGUUGGAUGGAUCGCGCCAAAUCGCAACGCUGAUGCAUCAAUGGGAUCACUUGGUGGUUGAUUACAUCCUGCUGCUUACAUUCCCGAUAGACACAGACGUGAGAUUGAAGAGUCUGCUUCUCGGUGCAUCAUUCUUGAUAGAAUAUCUGUAUUUUCAACGAAUAAGAAGAGAGUCCAGGAGAUAGACAUUAAUUAUAAAUAAUUUGUAACUUUUAAAAUUAUUGCCUAUCCCAAUUUGCUCUGUCUGUAAUGGAGCAAGCGCGAAAAUUAUAAUUUUUACAAAACUUUUUAAGAAAUUUCACGUAAUUGCCUUACAUAGGUUUAUAUAAAUUUAUAUGAAGUAUACUUUUUUAAGUAAAUGAUAUAACGGCUCAUACAGAUGUAUAGUGUUUAAGAUUUUUUCCGUAAAACUGCGCCAUUAUGUUCCGCGAGUAGAAAUAAGAAAACAAUGUGAUAUAAGCACAGACUUACAAACACUUUAUUAAAAAGUUAAAACAAAAAUAUACUAAAUUGGUAACGGACUUGUUCCGAUUACAAUUCAACUUAUGUAUAAAUUUAUAUAUAAACACAUCUCUCUUAAGGAAUAGAAUACAAAGUUAAUACCAAAUGUAUGAAUUAUAUAUAUAUAUAUAUAUUAAAUGUAAUUUGUAUUAAAUUUAUUUUAAGUU